CAUGCAUCUCGCCUGGCUUUGCGGCGCACUUGCCGAGAGGCGCGGGCGCUCCAUGAUUCACUCCGGACUUCGUUCAGCACAGCGCGUUACCGGCCGGCGCAUGGCGACAAUGUUGCUGAAAGCGUCGCAGGGCCAGUCUGCGGCAUACGAAAACGCAACAGCUGACAAGUGGCGCCGCGAUCAGGGGCGCCGGAUAGCACGCGCGCUCACAGGGGGUCCAUCGCCCGGCCCCAAGCGGCAAGGUGCACUAGGCAGGCCCUCACGCAGCGCUUCACAAGCUUACUCCGACGGGCAGGAUCCGCCGCCCGCCGCCGCCGCCUGCAGUGAGUUGCGGCAGCUGCACCUGGCGGGUCUGCCACUGUGCCCCGAGGUGGGCCGGGACCUGCUGAGGGCGCUGGCGGCGGAGCCCGCAGGCGGUGGCCGCGAAUCCCCUGCCGCUGCUACUGCUGCGGGUGACUCGCUGUCACGCUGGUCGCUGUUCUCUCUGGGCAGGCUGUCCCGCCGCUCCCGUGACGCCCAAGAGCUCGGCAGCGGAGGGGAGGGUGGCGGCGCUAGUGGCGCUCCGUCGCCGUCGCCGCUUAGAACCGGCAGCGCGCGCAGCAGUCUGGACCUGCCUGCAGACAGCUCCCAGCCAGUCCAGCAGGGCGCUGGUGACGGCGCUGCCCCCACAGGGAGCUCAGCGCCGGGGUCGCCAGCACCUCCGCGCCAGCAACGCAGCAUCGGCAGCCGCAGCAUUGGCCUGCUGCAGCGCUUGUCGCGCAUGUCGAGAUCUCAGCAGCAACAGACCGCAUCUGGCCUGGACCGCCGCUCUGCACCGCUGCCCUCCGCCGCCGCAGCGGCCGCGCCCUCCCCGCCUAUGUCCCCCACUGCAGCCCGCGACACGCCUCAGCCCACCCCCAGUGCGGCCGCCUGUGUUGCCUCUGUUGGUACGGCGCCGCCCUCCGCCCUGCCGCCGCCGCCGCCCCUGUCGCUGCACCUGUACGGGUAUGAGCUGGCGUCACUGGUGGUGGCUGGCGGCGCCAUGAGGCCCAUAGCCGCCGGGGCGGUGGUGGCGGAGCUCGUGGCGGCGCUGUCCAGGGCGCCUGGCACAGGCCCUGCCGCCGGCACACGCACCGGAACAAAUGGCGUGGUGGGCUUAAGGGGCGGCGGCGGUGGCCUCGGUGGCGGCGGGCCGCAGCAGCAGCAGCAGCAGCAGCAGCAGCAGCUGGGCCGGCUGCAUGAGCUCACGCUGUCUGGGUGUGUGGGCUGGCCUGCAGCGCUGACGUCAGCGCUGCAGGCGGCGGCUGGCGGGCCGCCCUUCACUGCCCCUGCCAGGUUGGGGCCCGGUGGCUAUGGAGUAACUGCCGGCGAGGUCGGGAUCGGCAGCGGCAGCAGUAGCAGCUACGUUGGAGGCGGGCUCCGGCACCUGCGGCUCAACUUCAGCUGCCUGCUGGCGCAGCCGGCCAACCUGGGCUGGACCAGCCAUGGCGGCGGCGGAGGCGGCCGCGGCGCUGCAGGGGACAGCAGCGGCAGCGGCAGCGGCAGCGGCAGCUGGGACGUCAGCUCCGCGGCGAGUGGAAGCUGUGAGGACGAUGACGAAGACGGGUAUGGGGGCGGCGGACGCAGCGGCGGGAGCAGAGGCCACAGCAGGCCAGCUGGUGGACAGGCGGGCCCUGCAGAGCAGCGGCAGCGGCGGAGCAGGAGCGUAGACGAAGAGAUUGCAACGGCGGCGGCGGCGGACCCCUCGGGCGGCGCAGUGUGCAGCUACUCGCACUCGGCCGGCGCAGCAACGGCCGCCGCCGCGGUGCGGUGCCUGGGCGGUCUGCGGCAACUGGUGUCUCUGGAGCUGCGUGGCGGCGCGGCGCUGGCCUCGCUUGGGGCGGCCCAGCCCGGAGGCGGAGGCGGCGGCGGCGGUGGAUUCACGGCGGCGGACGGCGCCGGCCUGCUCCACUCGCUCAGGCCCGCGGGCGGCCGCCCUGCGGGCCCCAGCCCGCAGCAGCUGGCCUGUGCGCUGUUCUCACUGACGCAGCUCACGCGGCUGGUGCUGGAGGGCGCGGCGGGCCUGGCACCGCUGCAGCCGCUGCUGCGGGGUGCUGUCAGGGGUGUCGGGGCUGCGGGUGAUCCCGCGACCUCAGCUCCCGUCGCGGUGGGCAGCCUGCGGCUGCUUCGGGUGCUGGAGCUGCCGGACGCGCACUUGGGACCGGCUGACUUGCGGGCGCUGGCGGCGGGGUCGCCGGACCUGAGGCUCCUCACCGCGGGAUACCUGUCCGGAGCCUGGGCCGUGACGCAGGCAGCUGCUGCUGCACCUUCGCAGCCGCAGCUGCGGCAGCAGGCACCGGGCACAGGCGCAGCCGCGGCGGAGGCUGCGGCAGGAGGUGCUGGCGGUGUGCGACACGCCCACCACCAGCAGCAGCAGGCAGCAGGACAGUACCGGGGCGGGGCGGCGCGGCCCGCCGCGUCACCACAAGCAGCCGGCCUGGACGCUGAGGUCGGUCCGCCGCCCGUGCCGCCGCGCCUGGCGCGCCUGUGUGUGGUGCGGGGCCGGCCCAGCCUGGCGCUGCUGCGGGGACUGCGCCGCACCCUGGCCGCCGCACAGCAGGGGUGCGGCGCCAGGGACGCGGCAGCGGCGGCGGCGGCCGUAGUGGCGGGGGCGUCACCAGCCGGCAGGCGCGGGCAGGCACCCGGCUGUGAUCCUGCUGCAGCACGUGCGGCUCGUGCACCCAGUAGUAUGCAUGUGCACGUGUGUGUGCCGGGUGUGGACUUGGAGAUGGGGGAUGUGGACUUUGACCCGCUGCAGGCGUUCCACAGUGCGGACGACGGCGUGCUGCGCUCCCGCCUCACGCCCGCGGCCGCCGCCGAGCUUGCGGCCGUGCUGCGCAUGCUGGCGCCGCCGCCACGCCGCCGCCGCCAGCAGCACCAGCACCAACACAACGACAGCCCCCUGACGUACGGUGCUACGGCGGGCAGCCGUGCAAGCAGCAACAGCAGCGCCGGAUGCGGCGGCGGCGACCAUGCAUGGGGCCGCGCGCUGGACAGCAGCUGCGCCGACGGCUGUGCUGGUUGCAGCCUCUGUGACGACGGCGCAGGCGGCGCAGGCGGCGGCGGCGGCGGCGGGUGGCACCUGCAGGCCCUGUGCAUACACAACGAGGCGGGCAGCCUCAUGCCGCCCCUGGCAGGCGCUGAUGCGGAGGACGAGGCGGCGGAGGUGGCGGGUGAGGAGGAGGAGGGGGAGGUGGCAGCGGGCCAGGAGCUAGCGACUGGUUCACCCACGCGCGGGCCUCUGGCGCUGCCGCUGCCCGCAGCUGCCGCCAGCGCGCCUCCAUCCGGCCACGCGCGCUGGCUGCGGCUGCUGCUGCCGCUGCGGCUGCGGGCUGUGGACCUGUACGGCGUCAGCCUGGGGGCGGCGGAGCUGGGGGCGCUGGCGCGGCUGGCCUCUGUCAGGCGGCUGACGCUGUCUUCGGCGGAGGUGGACGUGUCCGCGCUGCCGGCCCUGGCCGCCCUGCCCCGGCUGCACACCCUGGAACUGCUGCGCUGCACGCCCAUGCCGCAUGGUACCCCCGCGGCGCCGGCAGCAGCCGAAGGUGGUGCACCAGCACCUGCACCAGCACCAGCACCUGCACCUGCACCUGCACCUGCGGCAGCAGGCCGUGGCGGCGGCUCAAUCGGGAGCGGCGGCGCUGGCGCCGCGAGUGGCGGCGCCAGUGUCGCCGGCCAGCACCUGGCGGGGCCGCCCGACGGCCGGGCGCUGCUGGCGCUGUGCCUGACUGCGCCGCGGCUGCGCAGGGUGUACCUGGUGCGGCCGGCCGGGGCGGUGUGCGCCGGCGGCAGCGCGGGACCCAUGGGCGCGGAGUGGGUGCGCCGGCGGCUGGCAGUGCUGAGGCAGUCGCCAGCGGCGCAGCCCCAGGCGCAGGCGGGCGCGGCUCCCCCGGCCAUGUUUGCUGGUGUCGCUGAGGGCGGACCGGCCGCUGCAGCUGUGAUGCGGCGCAGGCCGUGGGCGGAGGUGUUGUGGGACUAGCACGGUUGGCUGGCCGGGGCCGUAGGGUCAUGUGGGGUAGGCAAACAGGUGAAGGGAGUGGCAGAGCGCGGUGCGGGGAGACAUGACACAAUGAUGAUGCGGGCAGCCUGCAGGAAUUCCGCGGUAAGCCAAGGUCGAAGCCCUCUUCGCAAGAGGCACGAGACGCUCAGGAGAUUGAGAGAACACAUGUCGGCAAGUAUAUGAUGUGCGCACUGCGCUUACGCUGGGCGGCUCUCCCUUGGCUGCUCGCUAGCCUCGACAAC